GUGAUAAUUGCCGCUUUCUACUUGCGACCGCUCCUCUGCAGAGACUCGGCGCGACGACGGCGCAGCUCAAUAGUCAGGGCAGCCACCAUCAAUUUGCCAUCAAAUUCAUUUAAAACAUGGCAUCUUGGCGCCGCACUUCUGUCUGAACGAGACAGCAUCUCCCAACAGGGGCCUGGCUGUGGAUAGACGCCUCACUCCACGCAAUUUGAGUUGGUGUCUUCGCCAAGAGGGUCGCUAAGAGAUGCCUAGGGGGUCCAGAAGAGCUUCCUCUUUGUUCACAUCGCCCGUAGGAUUGCUCUGGCCCCAUGGCCGUCUCGCUUGGCCCUGAGCGUGCCAUGGACACGUCAUCCUCCUCGGAGUCCAGCCCGGCUGCGCGGCCGGCCAGGCGCCACUUCUGGCGGUCUAUCAAAAGGCGGUUUAGCCGGAGAAGGAGCGAAGACGACCCUGAUGGCAGCAGCACCUCCGAGGCCUCCCCUGCUGCGCCAGAGUCGCUGACUGCUCUUAGGCAGGGCUCCUCCUCUUCCUCCGCCCCUGUCAGUGUCCCCCGCGCCGUUCCUUCUCUGCUCCGGCUGCCUGAUACCCCGCCCAGCUCUGGAGGGGAGGACGGAGCGGAACCACGGGCGAGGCUGGGGCGCUUCUCGCGGUGGCGCUCUCUCAAAGCUGCAGGGAAGGUGGUUCAUGCUUCUCCCAGUUACAGCAGCAGCCCGCAGGACACCGGUGUUCGGAAGGACGGGGAGACGGGGGCACCCACCAAGGAUGCGCCAGGGUCCAAACCGGGGCCGCACAGCUCCGUAGAGGACGAGCGAGCUCCGAUGCAGGACGCUGCAUCCCCUCUGCAGCCGGUCCGCGCUUCGGGCGAGCAGUCGGAGCCAACCAGUGAUGCGGCAGCAUACACUCGGCCACAGGGGAACGUACUGCCAUACAGCCAAUCUCUGCCGCUACCGUUUGCCUCUCUGAAUCAGCCACAGCCUGCUCUCCUGUCUGCUGCGCCACCCCCCAGCCCGCUGGGUUGCGGGGCCCCGCUGUGGUUGCUCGAAGAGGCCCCCGCCAGCAUCCUGAGCUACCCACCCUCGCAAGCGGCCCGGCCGCCGCCCGAGCGACGCACCCUGCUGGCGGGGUGGGAGGACGGGCCGGGCAGCCCUGCGGGGUCGGCCUCUGCUGAGAGCAGCAGCCUGAGCGAGGAGGACGCAAAGCGCGGGGCGCCCCCGCGGCCGGGCACACCCACUCAGUAUGGCAGCAGCCCCUCCAGCUACAGCAGCCGCGACAGCAGCCCCAGCACGCGAAGCACGGACAAGGGCCACCGGCCACAGGGUGGCGGCAUUGGUCCGCUCUUCCGGGGCCGCAAGUCGCAGCGGCAGAGCGAGCGCAUGUCAGCAUCGUGGAACGGGUGGGACCGUGACGCACUGCAAGCGUGGGAGAAUGACAGCAGCCCGGAGAGCACCGCCAACCAGGGGGCACCACCUUCCGAGGCCGCGCCGCCGGGCGCGUCAGUGGCCAGUAGUAGCAGCAGCGGGCUGGCGCGACCCCAGCAGGGGGGCGCGGCCCCGCACGACAGGACAGCACGACAGAUGGAGCAGGAGGCCGCGGGCGGGUGGUUUGCGCGGCGCACAGAGGACAGUAGGGAGAAUAGGCAGGACAGCAGCAGCAGCAGCACCACCGGGACAGCCCCCCCACUGAGCAGCAUCAGGCACGGACCGCUUGUACAGGCACCCCCUCGACAGUUACUGGACAGCCCCCUUCGCUUCCCUGCCUCCUCGGCAUCAAUGCCAUUGGGAGGGCCGACGCGCCGUCCGCCCUCCCCCAGCCCCCCUCCUUCGCGUACAGCGGGAGGCGGCAGCCGGCUUGGCGGCGGGGGAGCCAGCUCACGCAGCAGAACAGCCAACGUGUACAGGAGUGCCCUCUUGGGGGGUGGCCGCGGUCCCUCCCCCAGUGCUGCCGCCAGCCGCAGUAGCCGCGCCGCCGCCUUCACCAGCUCCGCUACAGCGCGAGCCACGCGUGAAGGGGGGGCAGAUGCGGGGGCUGCCCGCACCGGGGCCGGGCGGCCCGACCGGGGCAGCAUGUCGCGGAUAGUGGCGCUGGCAGAGGCGCUCUUCGAGGUGCUGGAUGAGCUCCAGGCGCAGAGCGGCCCCGCUGUGCCGUGGGCGCCCCCCGGUCCCACCCGCGGCCGGCAGCCGGCUCCGCGCGCGGUGGUCCAGGCGCUGCCCCUCCACGUGUUCGAACCACAGGAGCCGACCGCCACGACGGCCAACAGCGGGGAGGCAGAGCAGGACGCACUGCCACAGUGCUACAUCUGCCUGACGGAGUACCUGGCGGGGGAGGCGCUGCGGCGGCUGCCGUGCGGCCACGAGUACCACAGCCCGUGCAUCGACAAGUGGCUCCUCCAGGUCCACAGGGUGUGCCCCGUGUGUCGUCGAGACGUGUGCACCAGGGAGCGGGCCAGCGAGGACAGUACGACAGUCGGCCAGGCAGUCAGCAACGCAUGAUGGCCGGCCUGGCGUGACGAGAGUGCCAUGCGGGCGUGGGGUCCCGAGCAGCGCCUUCUGCCGUGGUUCUUGUUGGUUGUGCAGCCGCCUGAUCAGAUUGCGUAGUCGGCUGCUUGAUAUACUGCACGCGUCCCCCAACCAGAUAACUGCGGGAUUUGUUUGUUUGAGGCUUGGAAGCAGAUGGCAGUCAAACGGACCGCGUAAUCCAUGUUGCAUCAAACAUUGAGUCGUUUUGUUUAGGCAGACAGCCGCUGUAAUGAUGUGCAAUCUGUCAUGGGUAUAUACGUCAGUUGUUGUUAUGUCUAUUGAUGUGGUACAGCGAGGGACUCCUGUCAAUCAUUGUGCUUAGAUGGUGUCUUUGAGCAGUUUUUGAUAAGGCGGAUGUUUGGGGAGUAUAGGUUAAUGUAUGCUCAAUUGUCAUUGACGAACUAAUGGCAAGAGGCCGCCAAGCCGUUCUUAACAAACUCACUUUCGGACACUAUUGCGUAUGAGCAGAAUCACUG